GAUUAAGGAGAAGGGGAAAGUCUUCGUUUUCCUUUUCCACGAAAUUUCAAUACCGUGUGCCUUUCUUUGUAAGAUCCUUCUUUUGCUUUUACUAAAUUCUACAAUCAGAAACUUCCAUUGUUAUAUUAUCACACGCUUCACCCGAAUCAAUAGCCCGUCUGGGUUUCUUGGGCGCCGAGGAAAAUUAAUCAGAAGAUCAUAUAACUUCGAAAGUUCAAAGCUUUGGUUUUGAAGAAUCUCAAUUCUGAAUUCACCAUGCUUCACAGGAGCUUCAAGCCAGCCAAAUGCAAAACGUCGUUAAAGCUUGCGGUUUCUCGGAUAAAGCUAUUGAAGAACAAGAAAGAUGCACAAGUGAAGCAGAUAAAGAGGGAAUUAGCCCAAUUACUUGAGACUGGUCAGGAACGGACUGCUAGAAUUCGGGUUGAACAUGUCCUCAGGGAAGAGAAGACGAAGGCAGCAUAUGAACUUAUUGAGAUAUAUUGCGAACUUAUUGCAGCGCGCUUGCCUAUGAUUGAGUCACAAAAAAACUGCCCCAUUGAUCUGAAGGAAGCAAUUACUAGUGUAGUAUUUGCAUCUCCAAGAUGUGCAGACAUACCAGAACUCAUGGAUGUUCGCAAGCAUUUCACUGCUAAAUAUGGAAAGGAGUUUAUCUCUGGAGCUGUUGAAUUGCGCCCGGAUUGUGGCGUAAAUCGCAUGUUAGUGGAGAAAUUAUCUGCCAAAUCACCUGACGGCCCUACGAAGAUGAAAAUCUUGGCUGCAAUUGCAGAGGAACAUAACGUCAAAUGGGAUCCUGAAUCAUUUGAAGAGAAAGAGUCCAAGCCUCCGGAGGACCUGCUGAAUGGACCAAAUACUUUUGGCUCGGCCAGUAAAAUUCAUGUGGAACCUCCGCGUGGUCCACCUCCACCUAAUCAUGAUGUCAAGGAACCUUCUAAUGUUCAGGUUCCGCCUCAAAGUUAUGAGAAUCAUGAUGUAUCCAUGAACUUUAAUCAGCAGAGUGCAAGAUCUUCACCUCGCUUCCAGGAUUCUGCUUCUUCAAAUGUUUCUUCCAACAAAGCAACCACAUCUGACACAUUUCAUCCAGAAGUGAGAUCUUCAGGAAAUAGAACUGAUGGGACGGAAAAUAGGCAUUCAUUUCAUAGGGACGGAAAUGCUUCUUCAACGGGUAGGCAGAAUUGGAACAUGAACUUUAAGGAUGCUGCCUCUGCAGCGCAGGCAGCUGCUGAAUCAGCAGAAAUGGCAAGCAUGGCUGCCAGAGCAGCUGCAGAACUUUCAAGGCAACAUUCUUCAGAAUCACGGGAUAAAUUUAGCCAGUCAGCUUCUUUAACAUCUAGUAGAACUUCCAUUAACAAUGAUCCUUCACUGAAUAGUCACCAAAUGCAAGAUCAAUAUCCUCAAAGGAAGUCAUCUGAACCUGAGAAACGUGACUCUAUAGGUGAAGUGAGUACAAAGAGACAGUCCAGCAACACUGAUGUGUAUGCUAGUGAGAUGCAAACAGCAAAGAAACCUGAUAAUAUUUCUUAUUUUGGCGAUAUGAGAUCUGAAGAGAAAUCUAGUAGGCCUGCCUCCCAAUCUAAUUCAAGUUUUGGUAGUGAUGAUCAGGAGGAUGUUUUGAGAGGGAAUGAUCAUAUUUCUUAUUCAGGAGAUACGAGGACUGGAGAACAAUCUGCCAGGUCUCAUUCAAGAAAUUCAAGUAAUGAUCACGUAAAUGUUUCCACUGGCCUGGGUGAGGAUUCUUUUGUUAGUGAUGCUAACAUCUUUCAGAGCACAAAGCAAAUGAAUUCUUAUGGAAAUGCUGCUUUGGUUUUUGAUGACUCUGGUUCAGAUGAUGAUAAAUAUAAAUUUGAAGUGGAGGACUUCAAGGGCCAAGAAUCUAGUUUUUAUUUUCCUUCUCCCAAUAGAAACUCAUCUUCUUCUUCAGCUCAUUUAAAUGAUUGGAGCUCUAAACAUCAGACUGAUGAAGUACAAUUUAAGUCCACUUCACAAUUAAGUUCUUCAUCGAUGCAGCACUCCCCUCCUGUUUUUUUGGAAAACUUGACAGGUUCUGUGGCUUCUUCACAACCAAAUGACUUGUUGCCUGUUGCUUUUGAUGCUUCAGAUGGCCCAAGUUCAGACAGUGAAGAGGAGUUAGACAAGUCUAAGCUUUCCCAGAGCACAGUUUCUAAAUUUUCUUCUGGACAGAGCCAUAGUGCAAGACAUAGGUCAUUUGGAUCUUCAUCUUCAGAGGAGUUAAAUUUGGGUUCUAAUCAAAAGUCAUGGUUACUGCCUUCAUCUCUUAAUUUGAACUCCAUUGAUGUACAGUCUGAGAGAAGCCAAGGAGUUGAAAAUAGCACUGCCUCGGAGGAAAAGUUUGAUUAUGAUGAAUUGCCUACUGGUCAGCCAUCUCGAGGGCUAAUGAAAUCUGGAUUAGACUCAAAUGUUAAGGAAGAUUUUCAAACACUACAGUUGCCUCAAACUGUGAAAGAUAGUGAGGUUUCAGAGGGGUGUAGUUGUGUAAGCGACACUGACAAUGAGUUGAACUAUGGGACUUUGACAGGUGGCCUGCGGAAUAAGGGGUAUAAGCAUCCACCGUAUACCAGGAAACCAUCGGGAAACUCUUUGUUUGUCGAACAAGUCACUAAGGAUACUAAGGUUGAGCAACCUUCCCAUUCUCCGAAAGUCAGGACUUCCAUUGUUUCUGGUACUUCUAGUCAAGAGCCAAAUAAUCUGCAAGGGAGCACUAAACUGAUUAAAGAACGAAGCAGAAGAACCCAAGUCUCAUAUAUUGCUCCCGAUGAUGAUUCUUCAGAGGAUGAACUGUCACAUGGAAUUGUUAGCAGUAGUAAAGACCCAUUCAAUAAAAAAUUGGGAUCUGAAGUAAAGGCAAUCUCAAAAUCCACGUUUGGUUUCUUUGAUUCAGAGGAUAGCGAAGGUGAGGAAGAUCUUCUCACAAAGAUUUCCACUAGCAAUGCUCGUCCAAGUGCUAAACUAUCUAGAAGGACACAGCCCUCUUCUUCAAAUUCUGUUAGAAGUUCUAGCUCAAAGACAACAGUUGUUUCUGACGUGUCAAGGAGUCGGGAGUGGAACAGACCCGCAGAACAAGCAGCUCCUGAACCAAUACCAGAAUCCCAGAGGUCCUCGCCUGUAGAGACUUCAAAGUCAUACAGAAACCCCUCUUCAAGGAGUUCCUAUGCCACUGAAACUGUACCAAAGCCCUUGUCCCAGACCAAGAGCUCAGAACGCCCAGGUAGUCAGGAGUGGCAUAGACCAGCAGAAGAAGUAGCUCCGAAACCAAUUCCAGAAUCCAAGAGGUCCUCACCCUUAGAGACUUCAAAUUCAUAUGGAAACCCCUCUUCACGAAGUUCCUAUGCCACUGAAACUGUACCAAAGCCCUUGUCCCAGACCAAGAGCUCAGAACGCCCAGGAAGUCAGGAGUGGCAUAGACCAGCAGAGGAAGCAGCUCCUAAACCAAUUCCAGAUUCCAAGAGGUCCUCUCCUGUAGAGACUUCAAAGUCAUAUGGAAACCCCUCUUCGAGGAGUUCCUAUGCCACUGAAACUCUACCAAAGCCAUCAUCCCAAACCAAGAGCUCAGAACGCCCAGGAAGUCAGGAGUGGCAUAGACCAGCAGAAGAAGCAGCUCCUAAACCAAUUGCAGAAUCCAAGAGGUCCUCACCCAUAGAGACUUCAAAGUCAUACGGAAACCCCUCCUAUGCCACUGAAACUCUACAAAGGCCCUUGUCCCAGACGAAGAGUUCAAUGCGCCCAGGAAGUCAGGAGCAACAUAGACCAGCAGAACAAGCAGCUUCUAAACCAAUACCAGAAUCCAAGAGGUCCUCUACGCAUGUAGAGACUUCAAAGUCAUUUCCAAGGGAGCAAUCAUCCAGUCUUUCUCCAAAGAUUGCAACAGCACGGAGCACUGAAACUCCAAAAUCAUCAGGUUCUACAGUGGAGAGUGCACCAAAGGAGAAAGCUUCUCAUGUCCACCCAAAGCUUCCCGACUCCGAUGACAUAAUUGCCAAGUUUAUGGCCCUCCGGCGGAAUCGACAAUAGAUAUAGUUAUUUGCACAUAGUAAUAUAGGAUACAUUUUGAUGUGAUUAUCACAAAAGGUUUGCUAUUCUUUGACAUACUUGAAUUUUUGAUGAUCGUCAAGUAAGGGUUGAUGGUUAUAUGUAACUUUCGUGUCAAAAUUGAGUCGUUUAUUUUUUAUUUUUUCAUUUU